AAGACAGUAUAUUAAAAAAAUUUGAAUUGAAACUUGCAAGUUAUCUCAAGUGAUUUCUUGUUUUCCACGUUCCCUUAAAUACUACUAGUAAUGUACUGCAAUGAUAUUCAAAAUGUGCAAAAAAAUAUUGAACUGAUCGGACUACAUCAAUUUUUUUUUGCCAAAUUGAAGGAUAAUCUGAUUUUGUCAAGAAAAUGUGGAACGGGUGUGUGCAAUUACCUAGUUUUUCCUUUUCGAUCAACUUCACUAUUUAUGAAUUACUUCAUGAAAGUGAACAACUAGUUCUGAUAAAACCAAAUUAAGACCCCUGUGCCCAACUUAAAUCCCUGAAUUUCCAAUGCUCCGUCAUUGGGCAUACGUAUUCUAAAUUUCCAGUGCUCCAAAUAAUGAGUGGUUAAUCGACUUGCCUCAGCGGGACUUACCACCCCAAGAUCACAGGGUCGAUUCCCCUCGACAAUGGUUCAUCCUUGAGGCCACCUCACCUCACGCAAAUGUGUACAAAGAGCUAUGGGAAGGGUUGAAAAGAUUAGUUCAGUUCAUCGGGACACUCUUCAUUCACUACUCAAAAAAAAAAACUCCCAUAGAGAUGUCACUGCUAUUUUAUUUCUUUUGAGGGGAUGCCAUUUUUCGCUUCCUCACUCCAUCGAGAAAUUUCAAGCAUGGAGACUUGGAGUUUACAAAGCUGGUUUUAUUUCUUUCGAGCCCAUUGCUAUCUAUGCUUUUUACAAAGCUGGUUUACUUCACUUCUGAGAGCCCACCACGACAACUUGGUGCAUUGCUAUAUUCUGCUUUGUGUUAUUGUUGGGAGAUUUGGAGUUUUGCUAAUUUUCUCUUUCCUUUGGCUUUUAUGCAUCUGCUAUGUAUCAUGACUCAUGACAAGUACUUUGUCUCACAACGUUGUAAAGAUUAAAAAAAGGGAAUAAGUUGGUCACGUCUGUCAUUUAAAAAAAAGGAAGAUUGCUUUUGGGGAUAGACUUUCCAAUAAACAAAACUCCAUUUGGUGACUCUUUUGAUUAGAAUUCAUUCUAUGAUCAAUCAGGCAUAGUACUCCUUGGGUUUGUAUCUCCGUUUAGUUCACUUCUCCCUACCACACAACUUUCUUGUCGCACAACAAACAAUGGUUGGUGGGGAAAUCUUUCUCUCCGCUUUCAUCCAGGUGUUGUUCGAGAAGUUGGCUUCCCGAGAUCUGUGGAACUUCGCACUGAAGAAGCAAAUUCGCACUCAGCUAGCGAAAUGGAGCAGAAUGUUGGAACAAAUCGAGGCGCUGCUUGCAGAUGCUGAGGAUAAGCAAAUGACUAAUCAAAGGGGUAUCACACUCUGGCUGGAGGAUCUCGAGGACUUGGCUUACGAUCUCGAUGAUGUACUGGACGAGUUUGCCACUGAAGCCCUGCAGCGAAAGAUGAUGGAAGAGCCUCGAGCUAGCGCCAGCAAGGUACAUGCCUUCAUACCUACUUGCUGUGUGAGUUUCAAUCCAAGUACUCUAGUGUCUGGUUCUAGUAUGAGCUCCAAGAUCAAGGACAUCACUAACAGAUUGCAAGAUCUUUUUGAUCGAAGAAUUGGGCUUGGCUUGCAAAAUGUUCCUGUAGAGAGGUCUGUUAAAGCUCCACAAAGACCUCCCACCUCAUCUUUGAUUCAUGAACCUUCUUUAUAUGGGGGGGAUGGGGAUAAAAGGGCGAUAAUAGAGUUGCUUCUAACUGAUCAAUUGAGUAAUGGAAAGGUUGGUGUAGUUCCCAUUGUGGGUAUGGGAGGGUUCGGUAAGACCACCCUUGCUCAGAUGGUCUACAACGAUGAAAUGGUAGAAAAGCAUUUUGAGAUGAAAGCAUGGGUUUGUGUCUCUCAAGCGUUUGACAUUGUGGGAGUGACAAAAGCAAUCCUCGAGUCUGUCACCUUUCAGACUUGUGAUUUUAAAGCCUUGGAUGUAGUUCAAGUUCUAUUGAAAAAGGCUUUGGAUGGGAGGAAGUUCUUGAUUGUUCUAGAUGAUGUCUGGAACAAAAACCAUGAUGAUUGGAGCAAUUUAAAGAGUCCUUUCAAUGAUGGGGCCUCGGGAAGUAAAUUUAUGGUGACAACGCGUAACAGGGAUGUUGCAUUGAUGAUGACCGGAACCGGUAAAUAUCAUUCUCUAAAGAGACUAUCAAAGGAGGAUUGCUGGUCGGUGUUUGCACAACAUGCAUUUGGGAAUAGGAGUAUUGAUGAAAAUCCAAAUCUGGUUUCCAUCGGUCAAAAGAUCGUGGAAAAAUGUGGAGGGUUGCCUUUGGCUGCGAGGACACUUGGUGGCCUUCUACGGUCUAAAUUGACAAAUGAUGAAUGGGAACGAGUAUUAAAUAGUGAAAUGUGGAGUUAUCAGACGAGGAAAGUGAGAUUCUUCCAGCUUUGAGAUUAAGCUACUAUCACCUCCCUUCACAUUUGAAAAAGUGUUUUGCCUAUUGUUCUAUAUUGCCAAAGGAUUACGAAUUUGAAGAGAUGGAACUAGUGCUCUGGUGGUCGACAGAAGGCUUAAUUGAAAAGCCCACUGGACAAAAGCAAAUGGAAGAUCUUGGAUGUGAGUACUUUCGAGAAUUACUAUCGAGGUCAUUUUUUCAACCAUCAAGUAGUGAUGAAGUCUCACUAUUUGUUAGGCAUGACCUCAUCAAUGAAUUGGCUCAGUUUGUUGCAAGAAGAGUUUGUUUUAGGAUGGAGGAUAAGCUAAAAGACAAUGACAGGGGUGAAAAUAUCUCUAAAGCUCGCCAUUCAUCCUACACACAUGGUUAUCUGGAUGGCAUAAAAAAGUUUGAGCCCUUACAUAAAGCCAAAAAUCUGCGGACUUUUUUACCUUUGGGAUUGGGAGAUCGAUCAAAGUUCACAUCAAACUCCUACUUGAGCAGCGAUGUUGCCCUCCAUUUGUUGCCAAAUCUUAGACGUCUACGGGUGCUUAGUUUGAGAAGAUAUCGAAUCUAUGAACUUUCGAGUUUGAUUGGAGAUUUGAAACAUGUGAGAUUCCUUGACCUUUCAUGUGCCUUGAUUGACACCUUACCAGAAUCAAUAUCUGCUCUCUACAACCUACAAACGCUAAUAUUGAGAUAUUGUAAAAAUCUCAAGAAGUUGCCUCCAACGACUGGUAACCUAAUUAACUUGCGUCACCUCGAUGUUACUGGUGCAGACUCGUUAGAAGAAAUGCCACCAAAAAUAGGUAAAUUAACAAGUCUCCAAACAUUAUCAAACUUUAUUGUUAGCAAAGGCAAUGGGUCUGCGAUAAAUGAGUUGGCCUACUUGAUUCAUCUUAGAGGAACACUUUGUAUAUCAGGGUUGGAGCAUGUAGCCGAUGCUCGGGAUGCUGCGAGGGCCAACUUGAAGGAUAAACAAGGCUUAGAGAUACUAUUGAUGAAAUGGAGUAACUCAGAUAAUUCUCAAAAUGAAAGUGUUGAAUUAGAAGUGCUUGACAUGCUUAGACCUCACAGAAGUUGAAAGAGCUUACCAUUAGCGGUUACCAUAGCCUAAAAUUUCCGACUUGGGUUGGAAAUUCUUCAUUCUCUAACAUGGUCUAUUUGAAGAUUCUAAAUUGUGAAAAAUGCAUUUCAUUGCCAACUUUGGGUCAAUUACCCUCACUUACAAAGCUUCACAUUCGAGGGAUGAAAGCAGUGGAAAAUGUUGGACUCGAGUUCAAUGGGUCGGGAUGCUCAAAUCCUUUUCCAUCUUUAGAGGUUUUAACCUUUGUGGACAUGCCCGAAUGGAAAGAUUGGUCUCCUUUUGGAGUGGAGGAGAGAGCUCAAGCAUUUGCUCGCCUGGCAGAGCUCUCAAUUAAAAGGUGUCCCAAGCUUUUGCAAAAAUUGCCUAGCAAUCUUCCUUGCUUAAGAAAGCUCGGUAUUGAAGAGUGCCUGUUGUUGGUGGGUGCAUGGGUUCCAAGCCAAACAUAAUUGAAUGAAGCGAGCUCGCUGACUUACCUGAGAGUUGAAAAUAUACAGGGUCUCACAUGGCUAGCCAGUUGGUUUUUCCAAGGGCUGUUGACUCGACUCCAAGAACUCAAAAUCUUUAGUUGUACAGAACUCAAAUCAUUGUGGAAGAGUGAAGUUAGAAUACACCACCGUCUCCCUGCCCUCCGACGUUUGCAGGUUGAAGGCUGCCCCCAACUUAUUUCCUUGUUUGAAGAAGAAGAAGGGCUACAGCAGCAUGAAGAGCUGCCUCACUUAAUGAUGCUGGAGUAUUUGGAAAUAGAAGAUUGUGAAAAGCUGGAGAAGCUUCCACGAGGGUUGCACAACCUCAAAUGUCUUCAGAAACUAAUCCUUGAUAGUUGUCCAUGUCUCAUCUCUUUUCCAAAGAAAGGUUUGCCUCCUACGCUAAGAAUACUGGAUAUUUAUAAAUGGGAAGCUCUGCGGUCCCUACCUGAUCAGUUGGAGAUGUUGAAUAGUCUAGAGCAAUUGAAAGUUCGAAAGUGUCCAUGGCAAAAAAACUUCAGUUGUUCCAGAACUAGGCUACCACCCACUCUCAAAGAAUUGGAGAUUAAAGAAUGUGGAGAUGUAGAGUCAAUACUAGCAGAGGAAGGGAUGAAAAUCGAUUGUCCAUCUCUUGAAUCUGUUAUAAUAAGGGGAUGUGAGCGCCUCAAAUCCUUGCCUGAUGUAAUGCAAACUAAUAACGAUGGAUGUCUCAGGAGUCUCAGUCAAUUGCACAUAACAAACUGUGAUAAUGUAGAGUCUGUUCCAGAAGGAUGGUUCACCGCAACCAAUCUGAGAGAAUUGUGUAUCCUCAGUUGCAAGAAACUCAAGCAUCUGCCACACCAUGCCUACGAAAACAACCUCACUUGUCUUCAUGACCUGCGAGUAGAUAGCUGUGCUGCUGCGGCUACAGGACUCGUACCCUACAUUCUCAAGGAAGAGAGUUCUUCCUCCUACUCGUACUACUUCACCAACCUUACUUUCCUUAGAUUGCACAAUGUUGACAUGGGGGGGGGGGGAAGCCCCCAUCAGAGUGGAGUUUGCACAAAUUGUCCUUUCUCACAAAGCUCCACCUUGAAGAAUAUGGUUGGGCAUCAUUUCCACCGAAAGAAACGACACAGUGGUUGCCCCCUUCUCUGCUCAGGCUGUAUAUCAGACAUUUUCUAAAUCUGGAGAAGCUAUCUUGCAAGGACUUUCAAAACCUCCCCUCUCUUGAAAAACUUGAAUUCCGUAACUGCCCCAAGCUCACGACUAUUACAGAGCUAGGGCAGCUUACCUCACUUUCGGAACUGUGGAUCGAGGAUUGCCCUAACCUCACAUGCCAGUUGCCUCCCUCGCUUUUGUGGUUGGAGAUGAAGAAUUGUCCCUUGCUGAAGCAGCGGUGUGAAAAGGGGAAAGGCCAAUAUUGGCCCCUCAUUUCUCAUAUUCCUCAAGUCAACAUAGACGACAAGGAUGUCUUUGACCCAAGCAGCUAAUGGCAUUUCCCUGCCUUUCAGCUGAUACAUUUUUCGCAACAACUGCUAGAGGUUUGACAUGGUGAAUUUCCAGAUUGUGGUGCUCUCAAAUUCUGUUCAGAGUUCAGGAUGUGCUUGAUUGGAUGGUCAAAAUAAAUUUACGUUUGUGUACUUGUGAGCCACUAGAUUUCAAGUCUCGUAGCUAGUGACAGAACUAUUGAGUUAAAUUGUUUGUGUUGUGUCUAAAGGCCUUUGUUUCUAUCGUUCUUCCUACUUUCCUUACCCCAACAAUCCUCAUUUGUGAAUCCUCCUCCAUUUAUUAGGUAUCAUUGUUAAUCCCCAUGUAUCAAAACGUAAUUUUUGAAUAAUGCCAUGUUGCGACGCCUGUGUUUCGUAUUUAUACAAAUUUUGAGAAUAUUUUUUAUCAAUUUUUUGUGUUCAUAAAUGUUUUACUACUACUGGUUUGGUGGGCUGGUAUUACCCGUGAUAUAUAUUCCCAAUGUGUAUCUUGAGAGUCUUACACUAAUAUAACGAGUUUCAUUUUUUUUUUUUUUUU